UUAAACCCGUUGGUUUAUUCUCGCUGUUUGUAUUUAUCGGUGUUAAACAAUUGAAGAAAAAAAAAAACAUAGUAUGCGCCUUUAAAAAAAUGGACAACAACAGUUCAAAUGAAGAUGGGGCUGGAGAGGAUAAUGAGGAAGACCAGACGGGAUCCCAAACUAUCUUUAACGAAGAGGAAUACGGGCUCGAUGGUGAGUCACCUUACGUGAAUGAGGAAGACGAACGGACUCCAACUCCUCUCCCAAUUGAAAGAAGUAACGAGUACAUCCUGAAACUCCUGCAGAAAAAACUUGUUCACAUUUACAUUCCAUUAAUUACUACCCAUCAGAUGAAGAAAAGUAAUGUAAGCAGUCAGGCUGAAGCAGGUUCUACUGAUGACAAGUCCAGUGGUGGUCAGGAGACUCCUACCAAGAAAAGUGAAGAAGCACCCGUUCGUAAUGAAUUACUCAACAGCACGCACAAGUUUUUGGGUGUGGUCAACAGAACUAUUCAACAGCUUAAAGCUCAAGAUGAACUGGCUCUGCACAUUCCUGAGUUCGACAUGGAGCCAGAAAUCAGUGUCCUGCUAAACGAUACAGAGCUGAUAGAGAACCUGGAGCAGUCUGUGGUGAACUGGCGAACUCAGAUUACUCUUGUUGUAGAGGAGCAAGAAAACAAGAAGCCACAGACACCAACUCCCAUGGCAGAGAUUGUUUUUUGGCAGGAGCGUGCUUCCAUUCUGAGCGCUCUGACAGCAAAGCUUAAUCAGCCAGUAGCCAAAAAGAUUUUGUUGUUAUUGACCAAAGCUAAUGCAGUUGUGAUUCCCCAAAUGGAAACUAUAGUCACUAAACUUGUUAAAUAUUGUUUGGAGGCAGAUGAAAACGUACGCUUCCUCAAAACACUGGAAAGGCAUUUCAAGAAUCUGGCUACAGGUGCAAACUUUGGUGUGAUUCUGGAGACCAUCCCACCUCUGAUGAACAGCCUACAAGUUGUGUGGUUAAUCUCUUGCCACUACAACAAUAUUGAACGCAUGGUUCCUCUGAUGGAGCGUAUUGUUUGGCAGCUGUGUGAGCGUGUGACUCAAGUCAUCGAUCUCGAUGUGCUCUUCAAAGACGAAAGAGAUGUUAGCAAGUCCAAGGUGGAUGAUGCUAAAAAAGUUCUGGAAUUAUGGAAGUCCUCUUACUUUGAAGCGCGUGCUGAAAUUGAAGCAGGAGGCACCGGUAAACGUUGGGAGUUUGAUAGGAGGAGGCUCUUUGAGAAAACCGAUUACAUGGCUUCCAUCUGCCAGGACAUGAGCUGUGUUUUACAGAAUUUGGAGGAGUUUUACAACAUCUUCAGCCCAGAGUUAAAAAGUGUGACCUGGGACCCAAAACGUUUCGACGAAAUGCUGACCAACGUGGACAACCUGAUUUUACCUUUUGAGACAGCACAUUUUAAUCCUUUUGAUAGUUGUAAAAUGAGCAGCUGGAAAAUCAUCAUGCAGAACUUCAAUAGUACUGUUAAUGAUAUUGAGAGAGAGGUCAUUGCCUUCAUUGACCAGUCCUUCAAAACACUGCGCUCUUCAACUGCUGCUCUUGAAAUGCUUGUGAAAUACAAAGACAUUCGCUCCAGACCAACCAUCAAUAAUCAUUUGAUGAAAAAGACCAAUGAUGUUCUGGCUCAGUAUUGCAGAGAGGUGGAUAGUAUAAAUGAAAUAUUUGAGGAAAAGAGGGAUCAACUUCAAAAAAACAAGAACGAACCUCCCGUAGCUGGAAGCAUCAGGUGGACACAUUCCCUUUUUCAUCGCAUAAAAGGUGGCAUGCUUUCUCUCCUCACAAUGCCUGAGUUACUGGAUACUGAAAUGGGCAAAGUGGCAAAAAGCAAGUACGUGGAAAUGUCAAAGAAAAUAGGCGACUUUGGGGUUAAGAAGUAUAGGGCAUGGAUAGCUGAAACUGAACGGAAUUUGCCAUUGUUACUGAGAAAACCCAUCUUGGUCAUUAUUUCAAAGGAACACCAGAAAGAACUGGUUGUCCCAUCCAAACUUGACGUGAAGGGACAAAGAGAUAGGCGAUACCAUGUAAACUUUCCGCCAGAGAUAGUGACAAUAAUUAGUGAGACAAAAAAUUUAAUUUCAAUGUCCUUCUCUGUGCCUGAGGUUGCUCGAAACGUUACUCUACAGGAGCUCAACUUUUUAAGGUACAGUGAGGAUCUCCACAAACUUGCCAACCGCUAUAACUCUUCAGUCGAUAGUCUUAGUGAUGCAAAGAUCACUAUGCUGUCACACAAUAUAAAAAGAGUUGAGACAAUGUUGUUCCCUGGAUGUAAAAGACUCAACUGGAACUCUUUAGCCAUCGGCGAUUUCAUCAACCAUGGCAACCCAGAGCUCUCAAAGUUUGAGUCAACUGUCAGUCAAAUACAGAACAACGAGACAGAUAUUGAAAACAAACUGCAAUGUAUACAAGUGGCAGAUCUCCUGAAAUGCCCAGCUCCAGAUAAAACAGACCUUUUACCAAGUGUCAGGGAGUUUUAUGAAUGUAUUGAUCGAGAGCGUAACAAGACAGUGAACUUGUUGAAAAGCAAAUAUGCUGACAUUGGACCAGUCAUUACAAAGGUGGAGCAUUUGAUCAUGGAAACUAACUCUGGCAAGUGCCAGAGUAUGUCAGGUUAUUACACAUACUGGGAACACAGGGUGCACGAUGCACUCGUAAACAUGUUGUUGAGGAAUAUCAAGGCCUUCAAUACUGCCUUGAUGGGGACAACCCCUCUCUUCCGUAUUGAUGCCAUACUUUCGCCCCCCAGGAUUUUGUUGCAGCCCAGAAUAAAUGAGAUCAACCGGCUACUAAUGCAAUGUAUCAGAGAUUGUGUCGACAGUACUAAGGAGUUUGUACGCUGGAUUCAUGGGACUUGCGUUGAGUGCCCUCCCCAACAUGUUGGUGCUGAUGACUUGGUGACGUUUAGCUUCUUCGAUGAAAUAUAUAAUCACCCUAAAAUUAACGACAGUGCCCUUGCCUUGUCUCAGAACAUUCAGCAAUUGCUGGUCUCUGUAGAGCAGUGUCUUAGCCACUGGAAACAGUAUCAGCUUCUGUGGGAAAAGGACAAUACCACAGUCAGUGAAAAGUUCGCUGCCAAAAACCCAUCAUGUGCUAUGUAUGAUCAGAGGCUGCAGCUCUAUGCGAGUAUAAAUCAAAAGGUGUUACUGGAGCCUCUUUCUAAGAAUGUACAUGUCAUCCAACUAAAUCUCGAGCCAUUGGGCCGCACUGUGCAAGAGAUUGCAGAGUCCUGGAUUCAUUCGCUGGGUAGUUUACUAAACAAAUCAGCCAAAGAGGAACUCUUAAACUUAAAAGAGGAGCUCAUGCUACUCUUUGAGAAGCUCCAACAGAGUCCUGACACUUUUGAGAACUUGAAGAAUGUCCUUGGGACUAUCUCAGAUAUUAGAGACAUGUCUCUAAAUGUAAAAUUGAGCAUCACAGAUAUCCAGGAGAAAUACAGAACGCUAGCUAUGUACAAAGUUCAGGUUGGAGAGGAUGAAAAGGAACUGAUGGAAAAUAUUAAUCAGAUUUGGAAUGACCUGUUUGCUGAAUCGAGGCGAGUCGAUCGGAGUUUGACCAAUGUCAAGAUAUCAUUUAAAGCGACUACCAAAGGGAUGACGGAAGAAUUUCAACAGAAUUUGUCCGUCUUUGUCAAUAGCUUUAAUACAGAAGGCCCUGGAGCAGUGGGAGAUGAUUUAGAUAAAGGACUAUCAUUAAUGGAAUCAUAUGAAGCCGAGCUUGCCAAGAUGGUGGAGGGACGGCAGGAUCUAGCUAAUGCUGAGAGGCUGUUAGACCUACCUGUCACUGUGUACCCUGAGAUCGUCAGCAUUCAAAAAGACAUGAAUGGCUUCCGGAAGGUUUAUGACAUAUACCAGGACCAAAAGGCUGCAAAAAACAAGUGGUCUCAGACUUUAUGGGCGGACUUGGAUAUUUACUCUCUCCAGGAUGGUGUUGAAGGUUUUCUAAAAGAUUUUAGAAAGUUGCCCAAAGAUGUGCGAACUCUGCCUGUGGCCUAUAUUCUAGAAGGCAGAAUGAAAGAAUUCAGAGAUUCGCUUCCCCUUCUGCUGGACCUGAAAAAUGAAGCCCUCAGAGAAAGACACUGGAAGGAAUUGAUGGAAAGGACUGGAACUAGUUUUGAUAUGAAUCCCAGCAGCUUCACUCUGGAGAACAUGUUUGCAAUGGAACUUCAUAAGUAUGCUGAUGUCAUAGGUGAAAUUGUCACUUCAGGUGUAAAAGAGCUUGGUAUUGAAAAGGGUGUGAAGGAGGUGGUUGAAACAUGGGGAAGCAUGAAAUUCAACAUACAGGCCUACAGUAAAGGACCCCAGCAACAGUGCUCUGUUUUGGGUGCAGUGGAUGAGAUCCUGUUAAUUGUGGACAAUGAUGCCAUGAAUUUGCAAAGCAUGGCAGGAAGUCGUUUUGUUGGACCUUUCUUGUGCACCAUACAACAAUGGGAGAAAGACUUGUCCCUUAUUAGUGAAACUAUAGAGGUUUGGUUGCUGGUACAACGGAAAUGGAUGUACCUGGAAAGCAUCUUCAUUGGUGGAGAUAUUUCCUCACAAUUACCAGAGGAAGCCAAAAAAUUUGACAACAUUGACAAAAGGUUCAAAGAUAUAAUGAGUGAUGCUCAUAACAACCCAAACAUUAAGCGCUGUUGCCUGGUUCCCAACCGGCUGAAUGACCUGCAGACUCUAAGCGAGAACCUAGAGAGGUGCCAAAAGAGUCUCAAUGACUACUUGGAUUCUAAGCGGCAUGCUUUCCCACGCUUCUUCUUCAUCUCUGAUGACGAACUACUCAGCAUUCUGGGCAGUAGUCACCAUGAUUGUGUACAGGAGCAUAUUAUAAAGAUGUAUGACAACAUCGCAUCACUGCGGUUUGAUGCUGAGAGCGGUGGGGAUACUUCAGCUGGAGCCAUGGUGUCUGCUGAGUGUGAGGUGAUGGAGUUUAUAAAGGCAGUCCCAGUCAAAGGAAGGGUGGAGGAAUGGAUGACAGGAGUCUUAAAUGAGAUGAGGAAAACUAAUCGACUAAUCACUAAGGAAGCAAUAUUUCGCUACUGUGAGGACAGAGGAAGAGUGGACUGGAUGUUGUUAUUCCAGGGCAUGGUAGUACUGGCCACAAAUCAAGUGUGGUGGACAUGGGAGGUUGAGGAUGUCUUCAACAACUUGAAAAAAGGAGAAAAAUAUGCUCUGAAGAACUACGCCACCAAAAUGCACAAGCAGAUUGAUGAGUUGGUAACACGUAUAACGCAACCUAUGAAGAAAAAUGACAGACGGAAGAUUAACACUGUCCUUAUCAUAGACGUCCAUGCAAGAGACAUUGUAGACAGUUUUGUGUUGAACAGUAUAACUGAUGCAAAAGAAUUUGAGUGGGAAAGCCAACUGAGAUUCUAUUGGGUGCAUGAAGAAGACAAUCUAGUUGUUCGUCAGUGCAGUGCAUUUUUUUCUUACGGCUAUGAAUACAUGGGCUUGAACGGUCGAUUGGUGAUAACGCCUCUUACUGACCGCAUAUACCUCACAAUCACGCAGGCUCUCUCCAUGUUCCUGGGUGGGGCGCCUGCUGGACCAGCUGGUACUGGUAAGACAGAGUCCACCAAAGAUCUGGCCAAGGCUUUGGGCCUGCUCUGUGUGGUUACUAAUUGUGGUGAAGGCAUGGAUUACAUGGCUGUGGGGAAGAUUCUCUCUGGCUUGGCCCAGUGUGGAGCCUGGGGCUGCUUUGAUGAAUUUAACCGUAUUGAUGCCUCAGUCCUUUCGGUUAUCUCCUCUCAAAUCCAAACCAUCCGCAAUGCUCUCAUUCUCUACCUUAAAAUAUUCAAUUUUGAAGGUCAUGAGAUUACCCUGGAUAGCCGAAUUGGCAUCUUCAUCACCAUGAACCCAGGCUAUGCUGGGCGUACAGAGCUGCCUGAAUCAGUCAAAGCUCUGUUUCGGCCUGUGGUAGUGAUCGUGCCCGACUUGCAGCAGAUAUGUGAGAUCAUGCUCUUCUCCGAGGGCUUCCUAAUGGCAAAGGUCCUUGCGAAGAAGAUGACAGUCCUCUAUAAGUUAGCAAGAGAGCAGCUGUCCAAGCAGUCUCAUUAUGACUUUGGAUUGCGAGCCCUAAAAUCUGUCCUAGUGAUGGCAGGAGAACUAAAGAGAGGUUCACCAGACCUCCCUGAGGAUGUGGUGUUAAUGCGAGCCUUGAGGGACAUGAACCUUCCAAAGUUUGUGUUUGAAGAUGUACCUUUGUUCCUCGGACUGAUCUCAGACCUGUUUCCCGGGUUGGAAUGCCCCCGCGUUCGCUAUCCUGACUUCAAUGAUGCUGUAGAAGGCAUUCUGCAUGAAAACAACUAUAUCUUGCUGCCUAUUCAGGUAGAUAAAGUGGUGCAGAUGUAUGAAACAAUGAUGACUCGACACACGACAAUGAUAGUCGGACCGACAGGUGGAGGGAAAUCAGUUGUAAUCAGCACAUUAUGUCAGGCUCAAACCAGAUUGGCAAUGCACACUAAAUUAUAUCCCCUGAACCCCAAAGCUGUGAGUGUAAUCGAACUCUAUGGUAUUCUGGAUCCUGAUACUCGAGACUGGACUGAUGGGGUCUUAUCCAAUAUCUUUCGCGAAAUCAACAAGCCUACUGAAAAAAAAGAAAGGAGGUACAUCCUGUUUGAUGGUGAUGUGGAUGCCUUGUGGGUGGAAAACAUGAACUCUGUGAUGGAUGACAACAAGCUUCUUACUCUGGCUAAUGGAGAACGCAUCCGUUUGCAAAAUCACUGUGCCAUGCUGUUUGAGGUUGGAGAUUUGCAGUAUGCUUCACCUGCUACAGUAUCUCGAUGUGGAAUGGUUUAUGUGGACCCCAAAAACCUGCGAUACACCCCUUAUUGGCAGAAAUGGCUGAAAAACAAACCUCCCAAGGAACAAGAAGUACUUGAUACACUAUUUGAAAAAUAUGUGCACAGCUCAAUAGACAUGAUUGUUGAAGGUAUUGUAGAUGGAAAACAGGGCCAGAAACUGAAGACUGUUGUCCCUCAAACAGAUCUGAACAUGGUGUCCCAGCUUGGCAUGAUCCUUGAUUCCCUCCUUGACGCGGAGAACCAAAGUGAGGCAGUCUUGGAGUGUUACUUCCUGGAAGCUUUGUACCUCUCUCUCGGGGCCACGUUGCUGGACGAUGGGAGGGAAAAAUUUGACGGCCUAAUCAAAAGCCUUUCUGGUUUAACUAUUGUUACUGCUGAAAAAACAUUGGCUGGACUCGGUGAGAUCCCAGGACAUCUGCCAACACUGUAUGAUUUCCAUUUUGACGAAAUGAGGCAGAAGUGGGUUCCCUGGAGUUCUCUGGUCGCCAAAUACAUCCACAACCCUGAUAUGAAGUUUUUUGAUAUUCUCGUCCCAACCGUGGACACCACAAGAACUAGCUGGAUCCUGGGACAGCUGGUAAAGAUAAAGAAGUCUGUGCUAUUAGUUGGAGACUCUGGGACCUCCAAAACCGCCACCAUUCAUAACUUUCUAAAGCACCAAAAUGCCGAUACAAGUAUUACUUUGACCAUCAACCUUUCAUCCAGGACAACCUCAAUGGACCUUCAGAGGAACUUGGAGGCCAAUGUAGAGAAACGAACCAAAGAGAUCUAUGGUCCUCCCAUGGGCAAAAGACUGCUGGUCUUUAUAGAUGACAUGAAUAUGCCAAAGGUGGAUAGCUACGGCACACAGCAGCCUAUUGCACUGCUUAAGCUCUUAUUGGACCGAGGAGGUAUUUAUGACCGCGGGAAGGAGCUCACCUACAAAACCCUCAAAGACCUUGGCUUCAUUGCUGCCAUGGGGAAGGCAGGAGGAGGAAGGAACGAGGUGGACACCCGCUUUGUUUCCCUCUUUAAUGUCUUCAGCAUCCCUUUCCCUGAAGUUGAGGCUCUCAACCUAAUCUAUUGUUCCAUUAUCAAAGGCCACACCAAAAACUUUGAGGAUGUGGUACAGAAGGUUUGUGAUAAAGUCACCUUCUGCACACUGGAACUGUAUAACAGCCUCGUCAAAGAUCUUCCACCUACUCCAGCGAAGUUCCACUACAUUUUUAACCUACGAGACCUAUCAAGAGUCUACAAUGGACUAACCCUUACUGAGUCUGAAAGGUUUUCAACAGUCUCUAUGUUUGUGCGAGUCUGGAGAAAUGAGUGUCUGAGGAUAUUCCACGAUAGACUCAUUGAUGAGAAAGACAAGAACUUGGUUCAGGGCCUUAUAAAAAAUUUAGUUGACGAGAAUUUCAAGGCAAACAUGGAUGAUGUUAUGAAAGACCCAGUCCUUUUCGGAGACUACAGGACUGCCCUGAGUGAAACUGAACCAAGAGUCUAUGAGGACCUGCAGGACUAUGAUGCUUCUAAAGCUUUGUUUCAGGAGAUUUUAGAGGAAUACAACGAUAGAAAGUCUAGGAUGAACCUUGUCCUUUUCGAUGAUGCCUUGGAACAUCUGACCCGCGUGCACCGUAUUAUCCGCAUCGAUCGUGGUCAUGCUCUGCUUGUGGGUGUAGGAGGCUCAGGCAAGCAGUCCAUCACUAAGCUGGCUGCAUUCACUGCUGACUGUGAGGUGUUUGAGAUAACAUUGAGCAGAGGAUAUUGCGAAUCACACUUUCGUGAAGACUUGAAAACAUUAUAUUUGAAACUGGGCAUCGAAGAUAAGAAGACUGUGUUUCUCUUCACUGAUGCUCAUGUCGCUGAGGAAGGUUUUUUGGAACUCAUCAAUAACAUGCUUACAUCAGGCAUUGUCCCUGCAUUGUUUCCUGAUGAUGAGAAAGAGUCUGUUCUCAAUCAGCUUCGUGACGAGGCCCUCAAAAACGGAUCAGGUCCUUCUAAAGACAGUGUGUGGCAAUAUUUUGUCAAUAAAAGUGCGAGCAAUCUGCACAUUGUAUUAGGCAUGUCUCCUGUGGGAGACACCCUGAGGACACGCUGCCGAAACUUUCCAGGACUGAUGAACAACACUGUUAUAGACUGGUUCUUGCCUUGGCCUCCACAGGCGCUACUUGCUGUAGCUGAAUCUUUCCUUGGUGAAAGUGAAAUGAUUCCCCGGGAACACGCUCACGCUGUUAUAGAGCAUGUCUGCAUGGUCCAUAAAUCUGUGGGAGACUACAGCAUACUGUUCCUGCAGAAACUUAGACGCGCUAACUAUGUCACUCCAAAGAACUACUUGGACUUUAUUAGCACAUAUUCGAGCCUCCUGAAAGAAAAGGAUGAGUAUAUUCUGGCGCAGUGCAAACGCCUCGAGGGGGGGUUGGAUAAGUUGAAGGAAGCCAGUGUGCAGCUGGAUGAGUUAAAUAUCAAACUGGCAGAACAGAAGGUGGUCCUCGCUGAAAAGUCAUCAGCUUGUGAGAUCAUGCUGAAGGAGAUUGCCUCUAACACAACUGUGGCUGAGGAGAAGAAAAUGCUGGCAGAAGAAAAAGCCAAAGAGAUUGAGGAGCAAAACAAAGUGAUAGCUGUUGAAAAGUUAGAAGCAGAAACUUCCCUGGCUGAAGCUCUGCCACAAUUAGAAGCAGCUCGGAUUGCCUUGCAAGACCUCGAUAAAUCUGAUGUCACUGAGAUCAGAUCCUUUGCAAAGCCACCCAAGCAAGUGCAGGUGGUGUGUGAGUGUAUCCUUGUACUGUGUAAAAAAAAGGAAAUCAACUGGCAAGCCGCUAAGGCGAUGAUGUCAGAUCCUGGUUUCUUGCGUUCACUAAUGGAAAUGGACUGUGAUAGCAUUGGUCCCAAUCAGGUGAAGACCGUCAAAGGCUUCCUGAAAAUCCUUGGGACCUCCCUUGAGGAGAUGCAAUCCAUCAGCAAGGCGGGGUCAGGAAUGUUCAAAUUUGUGGAAGCUGUCGUGGGUUACUGUGAAGUUGCUCGGGAGAUAAAGCCCAAAAGAGAUAAAGUGGCGCGUCUCGAAAGGAACUUCUUUCAGAGUAAGAAGGAGCUGGAGCUCAUUCAGACUGAGCUUAAUGAUAUCCAGAGGGAGUUGAAGGCACUGGGAGAAAAAUAUCAAACUGCUAUUGCGGAAAAACAGAAACUCCAAGAGGAGGCUGAACUCAUGGAGAGGAGACUGAUAGCUGCUGACAAACUUAUCUCUGGUCUGAGCUCUGAGAACGUGAGGUGGACACAGGACUUAGAGGAGCUGAAGCAACGACGCGUGCGUCUCCUGGGUGACUGUCUGAUCUCUUCAGCCUUUCUGAGCUACGAGGGAGCCUUCAGCUGGGAUUUCAGAAAUGAGAUGGUGUACGAAACAUGGGUUGAUGAUGUGCAGGAAAAAGGCAUUCCCUUGAGCCAGCCUUUCAAAGUAGACAAUCUGUUAACUGAUGAGGUGGAAAUCAGCAAGUGGGGGUCAGAGGGUUUGCCUCCAGAUGAGCUAUCAGUGCAGAAUGGGAUCCUCACAACAAGAGGCAGCAGAUUCCCCAUGUGUAUCGACCCUCAACAACAAGCCCUUAACUGGAUUAAAAAGAAGGAGGCACGCAAUAACCUUAAGAUCUCUUCCUUCAAUGAUCCAGACUUCCUGAAACAGCUGGAGAUGGCGAUUAAAUAUGGCUUCCCCUUCCUUUUUCAAGAUGUAGAUGAGUACAUAGACCCUGUCAUUGACAAUGUCCUGGAGAAAAAUCUGAAAGGAGCAGAAGGCAGGCAGGUCAUCAUGCUGGGUGACAAAGAGGUGGACUAUGAUCCCAACUUCAAGCUUUACCUCAACACAAAACUGGGAAACCCCAAAUUUUCCCCAUCUGUGUUUGGAAAAGCUAUGGUUAUCAAUUAUACUGUAACCCUUAAGGGUCUGGAGGACCAAUUGCUCAGUGUCAUUAUGGGCUUUGAAAAGAAGGAGCUGGAGGAGCAGCGUGAGUUUUUGAUCCAAGAGACAAGUGACAAUAAGAAGCUGCUGAAGAACCUUGGUGACACACUGCUCAGGGAACUGGCCACGUCCACAGGCAACAUGUUGGAUAACACUGAGCUAGUCUACACGUUAGAGGAAACUAAGUCCAAAUCUAGUGAGGUGUUUGAAAAACUGAAGUUGGCUGUGACGACAUCAGUGGAUAUUGAUGUGCUCAGAAACGGGUACCGGCCAGCUGCCAAGCGUGGUGCUAUUUUGUUCUUUGCACUGACAGAAAUGGCUUUGGUAAACAGCAUGUACCAGUACUCUCUGGCUUCCUAUCUGGAAGUCUUUGACUUUUCCCUGCGUAAAUCUCCAGCAAAUUCUUCUCUCCCAAAAAGACUGAAUAACAUUAUGAACAGCCUGACAUACAAUGUUUAUAAUUAUGGAUGCACAGGUCUUUUUGAAAAACACAAGCUGCUCUUCUCCUUCAACAUGACGAUCAAGAUUGAGCAGGCGGAAGAUCGUGUACCUCAGGAGGAGUUGGAGUUUUUCAUCAAAGGUAAUCUGUCACUGGAAAAGACUUCACGUCAAAAGACUUGUAAUUGGCUGCCUGAUGCUGGCUGGGAAGAUGUAGUAAAACUAUCAGAGCUUUUUCCUGAGCAGUUUGGUUCUCUACCUGAUGAGGUUGGCAGGAAUUCCGCGGAAUGGCAGUCAUGGUAUGACUUGGAUGCACCAGAACAGGCUCUCAUACCAAUGAAGUAUGACGAGAAGCUGACUGACUUUCAGAAGCUGCUCCUGCUGCGUUGUUUCCGUGUUGAUAGAGUCUACAGAGCUAUCACAGAUUACGUCACUGUCACUAUGGGCGAGAGAUAUGUGCAACCUCCUGUGAUCAGUUUUGACGUAAUUCAUGAGCAGAGCACCCCGUUCUCCCCCAUUGUCUUCAUCCUAAGCCCUGGGUCUGAUCCAGGUAGUGACCUCAUGAAACUGGCAGAAAGGACUGGCUUUGGAAGCAAGUUCAAGUUCCUCGCAAUGGGUCAAGGCCAGGAGAAGGUUGCACUUCACCUUCUGGAGCUCGCAGCGGCCCGUGGUCAGUGGUUGAUGCUACAGAACUGCCACCUGCUGGUAAAGUGGCUGAAAGAUUUGGAGAAAUGCUUGGAGAUGAUUACCAAGCCCCACCCAAACUUUCGUCUUUGGGUGACAACCAACCCUAUUGACAACUUUCCAAUAGGCAUCCUUCAAAAGUCUCUAAAGGUGGUGACUGAGCCUCCAAAUGGUCUGAAGCUCAAUAUGAGAGCCACCUACUCUAAAAUUUCAAGUGAGAUCAUGACUGGAUGCCCGCACUUAGCCUUUCGCAGCCUGGUUUUUGUGCUGUCCUUCUUCCACGCCGUGGUGCAAGAGCGGCGCAAGUAUGGCAAGAUUGGCUGGAAUGUCCCCUACGACUUCAGUGAAUCUGACUUCUUGGUGUGUUUAGAGAUUUUGAACACCUACCUGACAAAAUCUCACUCACAACGAGAGACUAACAUUCCCUGGGGGAGUAUUAAAUACCUUAUUGGCGAGGUGAUGUACGGUGGACGGGUCAUAGAUAGCUUUGACCGCAGGAUCUUGACUGUCUACAUGGAUGAGUACUUUGGAGACUUCCUCUUCUACGACUUUUGCCGCUUUCACUUCUUCAAAAACCACGAUGUAGACUACAAGGUUCCUCCGAAUGGACCCAGGACAAUAUAUAUUGAUGAGAUCGAGUCCCUGCCUUUGGCAAACACACCUGAGGUGAUGGGUCUCCAUUCCAAUGCAGAGAUAGGCUACUACACACAGGCAGCUAAAGACAUGUGGUUGCAUUUAAUUGACCUGCAGCCUCAGACCGGUGAGUCUGGUGGAAGCAUCAGCAGGGACGAGUACAUCACUCAGGUGGCCCAGGACAUCCAGAACAAGCUGCCUGCAAUAUUUGAUCUGGAUGUUAUCCGUAAGAAGUUUGGCACUGAGGUCUCCCCAACCUCAGUGGUCUUGCUUCAAGAACUGGAGCGCUUUAACACGCUAGUGGCCCGCAUGAAGCGAUCUCUGGCUGAGCUGCAGAGGGCCUUGGCUGGUGAGGUGGGCAUGAGCAGUGAGCUGGAUGAAGUCGCUCGAGCCCUUUUCAAUGGCCAGAUCCCUGCUAUUUGGAAGAAGUUGGCACCUGACACGCUGAAGUCCCUGGGCAACUGGAUGAUUCAUUUCAAAAGACGAUUUGAGCAGUAUCGCUUCUGGGUGGAUGAUACAGAGCCGAAGGUCAUGUGGCUAUCAGGACUACAAAUCCCAGAAUCCUACCUUACGGCUCUGGUCCAGGCGGCAUGCAGACAAAAUGGCUGGCCUCUAGAUCUUUCCACACUUUACACUGAGGUGACUCGGUUUUGUGAUGAGAACGAAGUCAAUGAAAGACCUUUGCAGGGCUGUUUUGUGUCUGGUUUGUACCUGGAGGGAGCAGACUGGGACAUGGAGAUGGACUGCCUGGUGAAGAGUAAACCUAAAGUUCUUGAAGUUCAGCUGCCCAUUCUCAGAGUCAUCCCCAUAGAGACACGCCGUCUCAGGUUACAGAAAACACUGCGGACCCCAGUCUACACCACUUCUUUACGGAGGAACGCAAUGGGGGUUGGUUUGGUUUUUGAGGCAGACCUGUACACUACAGAGCACCUCUCCCACUGGGUGCUCCAGGGUGUCUGUUUAUCCCUUAACAGCGACUAAGUGAUGGCAGUACUUUACUCAGCUGCAGGACUGGCAGUGUGUAAGCAAACUCCAGACUCAAUCACCACAGUCUUCAUUACUGCCUACACACUUAAUAUUGUCAAAGUUGUCAAACUGAAAUGUAUUUUUCUCUUACAUUCAUUUCCAAUUUUUAAUAAUAACAUUUAGACAAUGCAGGCA